AUGGCCUCCGAUAGUUUUGUGCAACCACCAAUUUCUCGCUUCGAUGGUCACUACGAUUAUUGGAGUAUGUUGAUGGAAAAUUUUCUCCGAUCCAAGGAGUAUUGGCAAGUUGUCUCUAUUGGAAUUCCGGAGUUGGCAGCAACAAUGGAUGCACAUCGACUAGAAAUUAACGCUUUGAAAUUGAAAGAUCUUAAGGGAUCAACUAGAGCAAGGAGGCAGCAGCUUCAGGCACUUCGCUCAGAGUUUGAACUUCAUCGGAUGCAAUUUGGGGAGACCAUUUCUGAUUUUUUCUCAAGAACGAUGGUUAUCAUCAGCAAGAUGAGAACAUUUGGAGAGAAAUUAGAGGAUGUGGUUGUAGUCGAAAAAAUUCUUCGCUCAUUGACACCAAAUUUCAAUUACGUGCAAGAUAAUGCAGAGUUAGCAUUAAAAGUUUCAUCAGAUCAUUUGGUUAAACGCAAUGGAGGACGCAGAUCGAAUGGCCACAAUGACAAAAGUCGAGGCAGAGGUCGUAGCAGAGGUCGUGGUAGAGGAAACUAUGGUUAUCGACAGAAUUCAGGAAACCAAUCUCAGGAAAGAGGGAGAAGACAUGGCGGUUACCGAACACAGUCAGCAGACAAAUCAAAUGUUGAGUGCUAUCGUUGUCACAAGUAUGGUCACUACAAAUCAGAAUGCUGGACCACUUUCUUAGAUACACAUGGGGAAGAACCCAAUUUUAUUGGAAAAGAAGGUGAGCAAGAUGAAGAGAUAUCAUUGUUGAUGGUAUGUCAUGCAAAAGAACCUACCAACAAGCAUUUGUGGUAUUUAGACACCGGAUGCAGUAAUCACAUGAGUGGAGAUAAGUCAAUUUUUUCAACUCUUGAUGAAUCAUUCAGAGAUAAUGUGAAGUUUGGCAAUGAUAUGAAGAUCUCUGUGAUGGGUAAAGGGCAGCUAUGGCAUUUUCGUUACGGUCAUCUCGAUUUUGGAGGCUUACAAACGCUUCAGCGGAAAAACAUGGUAGCUGGUCUCCCACAAUUUUCUUGUCUUGCAUAUGUAUACGAGGAAUGUGUGCUCAGUAAGCAACAUCGAGAACCAUUUCCAAAAGGAAAGAUUGAAAGAGCAAAAAGCCUUUUGGAGAUAGUGCACUCUGAUAUCUGUGGGCCAAUUAAUCCCAUUUCUAAUGGAGGUAAACGCUAUCUUAUCACCUUUAUAGAUGAUAUGAGUAGAAAAACAUGGGUUGAUUUUUUACAGGAAAAAUCUGAAGCUUUAAUUGCUUUUAAAAGAUAUAAAGCAUUUGCGGAAAAAGAAGCAGGUCAUUCUAUACAAGUGUUGCGGACUGAUCGUGGAGAAGAAUAUAAUUCACAUGAAUUCAACCAAUUUUGUGAAGAGCAUGGAAUUAAAAGACAAUUGACAGCAGCUUAUACACCUAAACAGAACGGUGUAUCCGAAAGAAAGAAUCGAACCAUUUUUAACAUGGUGCGAAGUUUAUUGCAGCAAAGCAAAGUUCCUAAGACGUUUUGGCCAGAAGCCGUCAACUGGAGCAUUCACAUUUUGAAUCGGAGUCCAACUUUUACUGUUCGGAAUAUGACACCAGAAGAAGCAUGGAGCGGAAGAAGACCCGAUGUCAGUCAUUUCAGAAUCUUUGGGUGUAUUGCUUAUGCACAUGUCCUUGAUAAAAAAAGAACGAAGUUAGAAGACAAAGGAGAAAAAUGCAUAUUUCUUGGUGUUAGUAAGUGUUCUAAAGCAUUCAAGUUGUAUAAUCCUAGCACUAAGAAAAUUGUCAUCGGUCGGGAUGUGAUUUUUGAUGAAGAAAAGUUCUGGUGUUGGGAUACACCAACAGUUUAA